UAAAAUGGUAACGAACCCAACAUUUUGCAUAGAAGAAGAUUUCUCACCUUCAUAAAAGAAAGAUGGAAAACACCGUUGAUGGUCACCGUCUCCAAUAUUCCGUUCCUUUAAGCUCCAUGCAUGAAACCCGUCAAAGCUUCGAAACUUACGGGUUAUCCAAAGAGACGCCGUUAGUCUGCAUGCCCUUCUUCGAAACCAACACUUCGUUUUCUAAUGUGUUGUCAACGAAAAUACCCUUUAACGGGGCCACUAGUUCAUUCGGUAUUUCUUCUCUUUUCUCUUCUAACCCAAAACCAGAACCCGAAAACACGCCUAGGGUCAUGGACGAUUCCAUCGCCGCCGUGGUAGGCGAAAAUGUUCUUUUCGGUGAUAACAACAAAGUCUCUGAUCACUUUCCCGCGACGGAGACCACAGGAGGUGGUGUGAAGCGGGGGCGCAAGAUGCCGCAGAAGAACGGAGGAUUUAUGGGAGUGAGAAAACGACCUUGGGGGAGAUGGUCGGCGGAGAUAAGAGACAGGAUAGGGCGGUGCAGACACUGGUUAGGAACGUUCGACACGGCGGAGGAGGCGGCGCGUGCGUAUGACGCGGCGGCGAGAAGGCUUAGAGGGACGAAAGCCAAGACCAACUUCGUGAUUCCUCCGGUUUUCCCGGAGGAAAUAGCUCUGGUUCAGUCGUCUACAACGGAAGAGAAUAGGAGGAGGAGGAAGAAGAAAAGGUUGAAUGUGAGGAAGUGUGUUAAAGUCACAUCGGUUGCACAAUUGUUCAGUAAUACCAAUACCUCAAGUUCUUCUAGUAGUAAUGUAAAUGUGGUUACUUCUAUUGAUAAUCUUGAAAAAAUGGGUCUAGAGCUUGAUUUGAAGUUGAGUUUAGGGUUAUUUAGAAAGUGAUAAAUCACUUGUAGUUGAGUAGUUUAAGUUGUUUCA